GUGCUACCAACGUUUCAUAUAUUGCUCGUAAAAUGAAAGGGUAAAGAAGAUCAAAAUUUUUAUUACAAACAACGCAAAAUAUUUAUAUUUUGCUGCUAAAAUUUAAUGAAAAAAUUUAAUAAAUUUCCAUUACACAUAAUAAUUCUUUAUCGUUAAAAUUGGAGAGCUUGUUAAAGAUAAUAAGUAAUUAAUCGAAAUGGAAUCCGAAGAGUUACUACAAUGUCCAUACGAUAAAGCUCAUCAAAUAUUAGAGUCACGCAUGCAAGUUCAUUUGGGACGUUGUCGACGUAAUCAUGCUGCGGUACCUAAAGUUCUUUGUCCAUUUAACGUCACUCAUAUAUUAAAUAAACCUGAAUUGGAAUUCCAUGUUAGAAGCUGCCCAGAUCGUAAGACAUUUGAAAAUUUUUGUAACAUAGACAAAGCGCCUACCAAAGCUGGUAAACCACCACCGGUGCCUGAAUACCAAUGCCCGGAGAAUUGGGAUGAGGAGCCACGAGUAAAUACUUAUAAUCCUCGUGAAUAUGUAAGUGAAGCGCCCAUAUUACGUUCUUUAAAUGGUGCGAAACCAUCAGAUCGCAAGAAAUUCCGUCAAGAAGAGCGUUUACGUUUACAAGCUUGUGUCCAAGGUAUCUGAGGCAUUGCAGAAGCACCCGUUACUCUUAGCUGAACUGUUGUUUGCAUUUCCUCAAAAUUAAUCCUUUGUGCAAUUUUGGUGAUAUCCUUUGAGG